AUGGCUCCAAAUCUGCCUUCUUCUACUAAAGAAUUUAUUCGCGAUAUGAUCUUGAGCAAAUCACUUACCACAUCCCAGAUCGCCAAUACUGCUGGAUGCAGUGCGCGUUCUGUCACCACUAUGCACACCAAUCUGCGGCAAUUCGGUGAAACCAGGGCCCUUCCAGUUCGAGCAGGUCGACCCCGUAGCAUCACACUGCCGAUGUGA